AUGAAGCUGAGCUGUGCAGGACGCGGGACUGGCGUACUUGCCAUGCAGCCGCCCGUGGGCAAGAGACUCGAAGACAUCGCGUCAGACUUUGCAACAACUGCUGACUUGUCUGCGGUGAAGCAGUCCUUUGAGCAGCUGGUCUGUGCCACGGAGGGACGCCCAGAAGAUGCCCGUUCCUGGAUGGCGUACAUGGCCGAGAAGGAGGCUUUUCGAUGCAUUCUCGCCGCUCUGGCGGCGCGCGCCGCGGCUCUUGACAACCUCUUGGCCCAGGACAGCGAGUGCUUCCAAGAUGCCGAGUGUUCUCUGAAUGCCCUGCAGCGGCGAGCUGCAUCGAGGAGGAUUGGCGAACACACGGCUUCUCCGGACCUGGUCAUACCCGGUCUACCGGGAAUGGGAGACCUUCCGGAUGAAGACGAUCCCGUAGAUCAGGACGAUGAAGAUUCCGAGGAUGACUCGGAGACUGAGACUCCCCAGGAGGAGCCGGAGGAGGCGGACCACAGCCACGAAAGCCCGGAAGAGCAUCCCGAGGAGCAGACGCCUGCGACUCCGACUGCGACCAUGCCUCCUCUACCUGCCCGGCGGCCCAUGUCCACGCCACCCACUGUACAGUCGGUGCAUCCCGUCGUUGUCAAGAGCAACUUCCUCUAUGAUUCUGUUACCGGAAAGCGCUUUUUCGCCAAAGGCGUGGCCUACAACCCGCGGAAUGAGCGGUACGACCACUCCUUCGGGAACAACGUGCAGGUCGAGGGCUGGGUGGAUCACUGCGUCCCGGGACAUCCGAAGGGAGGUGAGUGGACCUACACCGAGGAUGUCAUUUCUGACGAGCACGAGGACAUGUGGAGCGAGGACCUCGACGCCAUAGCGAACCUUGGUGCCAACACUGUGCGGCUUUACAAUGUCGACCCCAAGAAUAACCACACCAAGUUCAUGGAGAAGGCGGCCUCGCUGGGAAUCUACGUCAUCGUCCCCCUGAACGGCAAAGACUGGGGCUUCCUCCCAGCCUUCCCGGCCCCGGACUGCUACACGCAGGAGAUCGAAGGUUAUGGGAAUGUGGGUGUGAAUGCCCUGAGUUUUGCCAAGCAGGUUGUGAAGGAAUUCAGCCAGUUCAACAAUACCCUCCUCUUUACGGUCGCAAACGAACUGGCCCAGAACGACAAGAACGGAUGGGCGGCCUUCCCAUGCGUCAAAGCCCUCACAAGGGAUGUGCACCUCUAUCAGAAAUCGUGCGGCAGCUCCAUGCGCCGAGUGCCGCUGAUCUAUUCCGAUGUGGACAUGGGUGCAGGAGACCGCGGGGAGGUGGCGCGGUACCUGACUUGCGCACUGGACAGCGAGGAAGACGCCGUGGAUGUGUACGGCCUCAAUGUGUACUCCUGGUGUGACGAGACCUAUCCCGGUGAUGGGCUCGCCGACAACUUCCAGUAUUCUCCGUACUACGAGAUCAAGAAGGACUUCAAAGAUCUUGCAGUUCCUAUGCUGUUCACGGAGUUCGGGUGCAACCUGGGUGUCUUCAAGACCAAGUGUCCGUACCCCGAUGGCCGAACCUGGCCCGAAGUGAAGCAUCUGGUUGGGAAGGACAUGGGUGAGAUCAUCAGCGGUGCGAUCGCCUUCCAGUUCUCCAUGGACAAGGAAGAGUACGGGUUGACGCUCUCUCCGAACUUCCUGGUCAAUCAGACGGAGUUGUACCUGCUUGACAACUACUUCAAUCUGCAGAAGGUCUUCCACGAGUACAACGUGAGCUCGCAGUGGGACGCAAGCCCUUCAGAGGUGGCUGAGUGCAACUUCACACCCUCCGAAGUCCACGCCUUGGAGGACAAGCACCACAGGCCGACGUGCCCCAGUGAGGCAGUCUGGAUGAAGAUCAUGAGGAAGCACCGGGUGGACAAGUUCUCCAACUGGACGGAGAUUCCUCCCAGUCCCGAUGCGUCAGAGACUGCUCUGUGGCAUGUGGGCGGCCAGGCCGAGUGUCCGGCGGAGAAAAUUUCCGUCGCGAUGCAGAAGAACAACGAGUGUCAUGAACAUGGCACCGCCGACGUUCUGUAA